AUGCCGAAUAUGACGCUUGAGUCGAUGACGCCGCUAAUCGAGCAUGAGCUUUCUAUUUACACUAGGUAUCAACGACACGAUCUGCGACGGUCGUGCUUGGAUGUAGUUUUGAAUGGACGGUACCGAGAGGAUGGUCUCUAUUACUGCUGGGCCUUGACAAACAGGGCGUUGGUUAUUCGAGACGUGGGUGAACAGUCGGAUGAGGCUUCUCCCCUGCUUGAAGAGGCGGUGAGUUUGGAAGCGGAAUACGCAAAGAGAGGCAAAAAACCUUGUUGGAUGAGGAAGUUUCGAGUAGAGGUGUUGAUUGCAAAGGGCUGGCUGAUGAUACAGAGAGUGGAGGGUGCGGUGAAUCCGUCGUCCGUUCAGGAGAGCCUGGGCGGUUUGGCGGCGUGCUUUGAGAGCUGGGGUCGACUGAUGGGAGGUGAUGGAGAUGUGCUUCGCUUAAGGAGCUUGAAUCAACAUGCUAGACUACUGGCUUUGCUGCACGACGUUGGGCCUUUGCUUCACUUUUACGGAAAUUUUGAGUUGUACAUAGUUUGUUUGAAGUUGAUGCUCAAGCUGUAUAGCGUGGAAAAAGGGGAUGAAGCGAGUCGAGCGAACACCCUUCUUUGCUACACGCGCAUGGGAGAGAUUUAUCACUAUCUUGGCUACAGCUCGUCGUUGGUGAGCGAUUGCUUUAUCAGGUCUUGUUCAGAGAGGGGCGUUGAGGGAGGGUGUUUGGAAGACACGGAGAGAGUUAUAAAGGCGUUGGACUAUUUCCAGCAGAUAGGAAGAGUGGAUAAAAGGUCCGGUUUGUCUCGCCUGAAGCAAAUAGUUUGUUCUUUGGAGCAGGGCAUUUAUGUGAAUUCGGCGCAAGUGACCAAGGAAAUGUAUCAGGUGUUGGCGCUGGGCAGGUAUGCGUUGGCAUCUCUGAAGGUGGUUUUUGGAGAGGUGGAUGAGGCGAUUAUUGAGUCCAAGAUGGCGUUGCAGUUGCGUCAGCUGAUACUGCCUCAGAAGGAUUCGUCGUUGAAGAGACUGACGGAGAUGGCGUCGAAGAUUGCAUCUUCUCGAGGCAUGCCGUGUCGGUGGAGGUUCGUUCAUUGUUUUGCGGACAGUCUCGAGCAGCUGGGGGUUCUGUACAAGCUACAGGGCGCAUUUCGCAUGUCCGAGUACUACUUGAAAAAGGGUCUAGAACUCGCGCAUAGCUUGAACAGCGAGUAUUUGCAGAAUCGCAUUCUGCUGCACUUGUCGCGUUUGUACCACCGAGCGGACAAGGUGGAUGCAUGGAAGGAAGUUCUGAAGGAGUUGGAUGCGUUUCAGUACAUGCAGGCGGAUCGGGGUCCGCGCAAUCUGGCCAAGGUGCCCGAAAUUGCGAUCAAUGGGUUGAUCCACGUUGGGAAUUGGUAUUUGAAGGUAGAGGAGAGCAUUGACCAUGUUCUUUGGAGCUAUAGAGAGGCGGAGUGGUAUUUGUCUUUGACGAAAGACGAAUACGACAUGAAGACUUUAGAAGAGCGCACUUCGGUCAUGUCGAUUGUAGCGGAGGAACGCGAAAUUGGGGUUUUGGGGCAGAGGUUGGGCGUUCGGUUGGAGGGCGAGACGCGCGCCGAGUUGGAGGGCGCGGACAUCACUUUGAACGACUACAUGCUUCUCAGAAGGAUGGAAUCUCGGAUUUUGCUGAAGAAGGGCAUAGCGAUGUUCUACGCGGCCAGGAGGGUGUCCGAGUCUGAGAAGAGAGAGCGACUGGUUGAGGCGAGGGAGCUGCUGUCGGGUGUGGUGGAUCGGUUGGACUGUUUAGGAAGGUUUGUGCCGCUCGAAGCCGAAAAGGCGUUGGCGAUGCUGAAUUUGGCUGAGAUUGACUUGAUUUUGUUGGAUGGGUUGGAGUCCGCGGUUGCGGAUGAGGGAGCGUGCUGCGCGUCUUCGGACGGUGUCCGGGGGUGUUGGAACCGGGGUUUCGAGGGGUCGGAGAUUGAGGGGAGACGGAUGGAGGAGAUAAGAGACAGAUUGAAGGGCGCUUUGGAUUUGUGCGUCAGCUCUGGGUCGAUGCCUUUGUUGACGUCUAGCAUUUGCAAAGUGCUGGCGAGCACGAUUGGCGUGUUGGACGCGUGGCGGACGGCGGCUUUGUUGAACUACGCCGUCGGUAUGACGAUAAGGCACCAGGCUUUGUGCGACAUAUACGAUAAGGCGUUGAGUGUCAAAAAGAAGGGUGGCGAAGUUUGGAAGCGAUUUUCGGAUUCGUCGGAGCACUGCGAUGAAGGCGAGCCCCCGAGUUGCCGCGAGGCGGCAGGGGGGUCGCGAGACUCGCUGCGUCUCGCCGAAGACUUGGACGCGGAGGUGAGCGAUGCAAAAAAAUGGCCGAAGGUUUUGAGCAGCGCUUUGCCAAAGUCCGAAAAGUGGGCGGGGUGGUACCGAUGGAAUAGGGCCGAAUUGUCGGGAAGGCCGUUUCACGAGUCCGUCUCGAAGUUGCUUAAUUUCCACAAGCUGUGCAAACACUGGACGGUGGCGACGCUGUGCUUGGAUUUAGAUGGAGAUCACCUGAUGGUCACGAGAAUUCAGCGGGGCCAAAGUCCGAUCGUUGCCAGGAGGUCGUUGGUUCAAGUGAUUAGCGGGUUCGAGACGGUCGAGAGUCUGAAGGUGCUGUCGAAGCAGUUUACUGAGAGCGUGCUUGUUUCGAACGCCUCAGCUUCUUCCUUUCGAAUUUCUAAAAAAAAAGUUCAGUGUUUGCCCGCUCAGAUGCCCUCUGACAGGGCGAGGCAUUCGCGCAGCUCCUACGGCACGGCCUCUUUCGGCCAGCUCGUGUCUCAGUUCGACCAAAUCAUUCGUGAGCUCGACAAGCCGGCGGUCAAGGAGAAAGCGGACAGCGAGUUUCUGGUGGCUUGGUGGAGACACAGGAUACAACUCAACACACGCCUCGGCCUAUUGAUCAACCAGAUGGAGGACUGCUUGUUGGGACCUUGGAAGGUUUUGUUGUUGGGCGACUACGAAAGUUCGGCUGUGAAUCGCAGACUCGAUUCGUCUGUUUCCUCUCUUGAGAGGCACCUAAACAAAAUUUUGCGUCCCUACUGUCCAGAUUUUAUCAUCAGCAGAAGCUUACUUCGCGCGAUUUUGUUUGGAGUGGACGUGCUCACGCCCGCUCAGCUCGAGGAGGCGCUGGCCUAUCUGUUUGGAAUGGAGGCGGUGACGCGCGGCGAUGGCUGCAGCUAUAAAUGGAGGCUCGUUCGCGGCGCGGCUCAAGAAUCCGAUAUUCUCAAGUUGGCAUCCAGCCUGCUGGUGAGCACGUACAACGGCGUUUUAGGCGACUUUCGUCAAUUGGGGAUUCGUUUGUCCUCCUCAUUCAAGUAUGUCGUUUCUCAAAAGGCCGUCAUGAUGCAAAAAAUUGAGCAAGUUCCUCGCCAUCCGACGAUUCUGAUACUCGACAAGCAGCUCCAUCGGCUGCCGUGGGAAUCCUUUCCCUCACUUUGCUGCGCCCCCAUUUCGCGGAUGCCAAGCUUGGCUUUCAUGCGCGCGUGGAUUUUGGCUCAUUUGCACCCCCGCUCACCCUCCAACAUCCUGAGAGACGGCCUCCAAACCGACAAAACCUUCUACGUUUUGAACCCAGGGGGCGACCUGAAACGGACUCAAGAGCUGUUGAGUCCGAUCUUCGAGCAAGAAUGCGAAUGGAAGGGCAUCGUGAAUCAAAUUCCUGAAAAAGAGGAAAUCGAAGACGCGCUGUCUCGCCACCAACUUUUCAUCUACUGCGGACACAACGCCGGCGAGCACUACCUUUCUCGUAGCGAUAUUCAAAAAAUAGAGUCAGGAGUCGGCGGAUGCGUAGCACUGCUGAUGGGCUGCGCGAGUCUCAAGAUAGACGACCACGCCGAAUUCGAGCCGUCGAGCCUGGCCUUCUCCUACAUCAUUUCCGGAACCCAGUGUUUGGUCGGGAAUUUGUGGUCCGUCACCGCCGGCGACCUCGAUUUGGAAACUCAAAGAAUCCUCCAGUGGAUUCGAGGCAAUCGCGAAGACGAAGACGACGAUUCACGCUCUCUGGCUCACAUCAUCUCGCUCGCCCGAUCCAUAAAAGAAAUCAAAUUCAAGUACUUGAACGCGGCCGCUCUGGUCUGCUACGGGCUACCAGUAUACAAAAGAGAAAAAUUUCAAGCGACCUGUAUCUCGAAAAAAUAA